CCACGCCGCCGUGGCCCCGCCGCGACGGCGGAGCGCGUUUUGCAGUUCGAAAACCGCGGCGAGCGGAGGCGGAGCGCUCGAUUCGACGAGGGCACCCCUCCUCUCAGCCCGUCCUCAUUCCCCCCGAUCCCCAACCCGGCGGCGGAGGAGGGCGGAGAUGCUGCAGUUCCCGGCGCUGAUGCGGCAGUGGCCGUCGCCGCCGCUAAUCCCCGCGUCGACGCUGCUCCCCGUGCCCGCCACCACACAGGAGGACGAGCUCCUCCUCGCCAUGGCCGAGUCCGACCUCGAGGACAAGCUGAACGAGAUCCGGAAGACCAAUAGUAACCUGGUGAUCAUAGGCAAGCCCACCGGCGACGUCAAGGAGGAGUACGACGCCGAGGCAGAGGACGACGACGCCGACAAUGUGGAGGAGUCCGACGGAGACGACUUCGACCAGGAAACCGGCUGAGCCGGCCCCGAUAUCUCCCAUCGGGUCGCCAUUUCUUCUCUGCCUGCCUCAUAUGUAUGCUUGUUGCAGCUUGCUAUCCCCAAUCUGAUCUAUCUCGACGUGUUCAGUUUACCUUGUACUGUUCCUUUUAAAUACUCUGAAUGCUUCCGUAAUUGCUGCUUAGAUGACAUGUAUCGGAUUAGCUUGUUGGUGCAUUUGCAUAUCUCAAUCUAAAUGAAUAAUGCUGUUCUGAGUC